AUGGCAUGGUGUAGAUCACGUGCCUCCCGCUUUACUCACACUUUUCGAAUUCAUCACUACUGUACACCACCACCAAAUUUUUCAGUUUCUCAGAAACUCAUAAAUUAACCAAACAAAGUUCAAAAAUGGCGGAUUCACAACUACAAGAAGAUCCGCUCAAACACUACACCGGACUCUCUCUAUUUCCACGAACAUUAUCGUCUCUCUCCCUUCCCGAUGCUCCGACUGAUCCUCUCUCACUCCACAAUUUCCUCAAAUCUCUGCCUGUUAGAAAUCCUGAUAAGCUUAUAAAGGCGGCGGAAAGUAUUUUAGAUAGCACUGCGGAACUACCAAACCCUAGGAUGACUAAUAAUGUAGCGGUUUUACAUGAUGUUGGUGAAGUUGUUAAUUAUCCGCGUGGUCAAAGGCCUGGAUUAGAUCGGAAGCGUCGGCGGUUUUCUUUGAUUCAUGAUAAAAGAGAGCCUGUGGUGAAUUUGGAGCCAGCAUUGGAUUUCGAUAAAUUGAAAGAUCCGGAGGAAUUUUUCUUAGCUUGUGAAAGGCGCGAAAAUGCUAAAAAGGAAAUAGCCAAACAGACGGGCGGUUCUUAUACUGAUUCUGAUCAGUACAAUGUUUUCAAUGUUCCAUUAUCCCAACGACCCGGAAUUCAAGGGAGAUCUAGGACAUCAAAAUAUAAACAUCUGUAUCCAACCAUGUCUUCCCAAGAGAACUCUGGAGUGGAUACUGUGUCUAAUAGUGGCUCACAUCAAAUGGCAUACACUGCAGCUCAACAAAUGCAGCCAGAUAAUGUGGCAUUAGAGGAAAUGGAGCCAACAGAUGAUGUAUCACAACAAACAGAAUCAGCAAAUGAUGCAUCAGAAGAUAUUGAACCAGCUAGUUCAGUAGAUAAGGUUGAGAACCAGGUCAGUAAACUUCUGGAUGAUUUUCUUGCUUCUGAAGAGCUAGACGAUGGUGCACUCAAUCUAUUGCAAGGCACAUUGCAGUUCAAACCCUAUCAUAUAGAGCAGCUAAACCUUCCUGAGCUACCGGAUUUUCAAAGGACUGACUUUAAGGCUUCUGGAGUAAACUUGUCAAAGUCGAGGAAUGUAUUAUCUGACAUAAACAAUUUAUUGAAGGAGACACGGAGUAAAACUCCAGUGAAGCUGAAGAGUGUAGACAGUUCUGUUCAUAUUGUUGGCUCACCUACACCUCCAAGAAAUCCUUAUGCUUCUCUAUCGGCAUUGCAACGGAAAUACUUUAAGUCAAAUCCAUCAAAUGAUCCAUUUUCCGCUGAUUAUAUUGACCAAAUUUUAGAAAAAAAUGCAUCUCAUGUUCAAAAUAUUGAUAAAUAUUCUGAUCCAGUUGAUGCGGGAAAGACAUUGUGUGAAUCUGGUGACUUUAACUCUCAAUUAAAUGAAGAAAAUGAUGGUGCGGUUUGUAAUAUGGGUCUACCUAAGGUGACAAUUAGUGACUUUACCAGUGUAUUUAAGGAAGAUGUGAAUGUCAACUUAACAAGUCCUGGAAGCAGUGGUGAGAUUGAAACUUUGGAAUCUGACUCGGUGUUAAACAGUAAUAAUUUCAGUAUAUGUAAUGAAGUCAUAAAUGAGAAGUUGUGUCAGGCCGGUGUUCGAAUUGACAUACAGACAAAGGGAGCUAGUGAGUUGGAGAAAAUGGUAGAAGAAGAUGCGUUGCCGGAAGCUGUGCCCGUGCAGUCUGAUCAGGGAACAGAUGUGUUUUCAGUGGAAGCAUCAAACACCAUGCAAAAUAAGAUUGGUAUCAGUCAAUCAAAUCUUACCGCCGAUGAAACACCAGCAGCAGAUGAAUGCCCUGAAAUUCAAAACGAUGCUGCAAAAAGAGCCGAGGAGAGUGGUUUCGAACAAGAUAAUGUGGUGGAAGAUGUGCUGCAGGAAGCUGUGCAGCCUGAUUGGGAAACAACCGAGAUUCCAGUGGAAGCAUCAAACAGCAUGCCAAAUAAGCUUGGUCAAUCAAAUCCUCCUGCCAAUGAUAAACAAGCAGCAGUUGAAUGCCCUGAAAUGCAAAAUGGUGCUCUAGAAAGAGUUGAGGAGACAGCUUUGGAACAACAUAAUGAGGGAAAUCAGGAAUCAUCUGUUUUGCCAAUGAAUGAGCAAAGCAAAGCAAAGUUACAUUCCGGCAGAAAACGCAAGAGGAAAAAUCAGGAACCAUCUGUUAUGCCAAUGAAUGGGCAAAGCAAAGCAAAGUUACAUUCCUACAGAGAACACAAGAGGAAAGCUUCUGCUAGGAGGCAAAGCCUUGCAGAUUGUGGUAUGUCAUGGGACAAUGGGUUAAGACGAAGCACCAGGAUCAAGUCAAGACCUUUGGAGUUCUGGAAAGGGGAAAGAUUUUUAUAUGGCCGCAUUCAUGGAAGUUUGGCUACAGUUAUCGGGAUAAAGUAUGCAUCUCCAGGAAAAGACAACGGGGAAUUGAAAGUUAAAUCAUUCGUCUCUGAUGAAUACAAGAAUCUGGUUGAAGAUGCUGGCCUGUACUGAGAUUAUGACUAUAGUGUUUAUAGACCAAGCCAACAACACCACCCAUGAGGUCACUUGUUUUUCCUAUUUCAUGAACUCCUUCACUUUGGAUGUUCAUGGUCUUGUUUAUAAUGACCGGUUCCUACACAUCUUGUGUAUUAUUCAUUACUCCAAAAUUAGGAUCAGUUUUAGUUGUUGUCCGGAAGUUCAAAGGAGUUGUUCGGCAUCAUACUGCCGCAUCCGGCGUGUUGCUAAAGGUUUGAAUUCUUGUAUUAGUUUUACAUGUUGUGAGAUGAGUUUUAUUAUGAA